CUCUGGUCAUCUCCUGUACUGUGUCCGCAGUCUCUGGUCAUCUCCUGUACUGUGUCCGCAGUCUCUGGUCAUCCCCUGUACUGUGUCCGCAGUCUCUGGUCAUCUCCUGUUUUGUGUCCGCAGUCUCUGGUCAUCUCCUGUACUGUGUCCGCAGUCUCUGGUCAUCUCCUGUACUGUGUCCGCAGUCUCUGGUCAUCUCCUGUACUGUGUCCGCAGUCUCUGGUCAUCUCCUGUACUGUGUCCGCAGUCUCUGGUCAUCUCCUGUACUGUGUCCGCAGUCUCUGGUCAUCUCCUGUACUGUGUCCGCAGUCUCUGGUCAUCUCCUGUACUGUGUCCGCAUUCAGUUGCAAAAGAAUAUUUUUUAUAUUUUUUUUC